AUGAAUCCUUUUGGUUGAAAUUGAAAAAACAAAAAGAAAGGGUAAUGCAUAAACUCCAUUGUGAUGGGAAGAAAAUGAAAAAGAAAGAGAAGAAGAGUAUGCAGAGAUAAGAUCUGCGAGAGAUUUAAAUCACAAUGUCAUCAUCACAAAGCCUAGGAGGUUCAUCUCGCUGCGGCAAAGUUCUGGGUCCUUCACUCGACAAAAUCGUCAAAAAUGCAGCUUGGCGCAAGCAUUCUCACCUCGUUUCUGCUUGUAAAUCCGCUCUCGACAAGCUCCACUCUCUCUCCGACGACUCCGAUCCCCAAAGUUCUCUUGUCGGAACCUCCUCUUCCGACUCCGAGUUCCUCCUCAGCCCCCUAAUUCUCGCCCUAGAUUCCUCCUACUCUAAAGUCGUUGAGCCUGCCCUCGAAUGCGCUUUCAAGCUCUUCUCAUUGGGCCUUGUUCGUGGCGAAAUCGAUUCCAAUCAUACUAUCCUUUUCAAGAUCAUCGACGGUGUUUGCAAGGUGUGUGGGAUUGGCGACGAAUCUGUUGAGCUCGGCGUGCUUAGGGUUUUGCUUUCUGCGGUUAGAUCUCCUUGUGUUUUGAUCCGCGGGGAGUGUCUGGUGAGCCUUGUUAGGACUUGUUAUAAUGUGUAUCUUGGUGGAUUUAAUGGUACUAAUCAGAUCUGUGCUAAAUCUGUACUUGCUCAAAUUGUGCUUAUUGUUUUUACCCGUGUCGAGGACGAUUCUUUGGACAUUCAUGAUUUCAAAGUUGUUAAUGUUAAUGAAUUGUUGGAGUUCACUGAUAAAAGCUUGAAUGAAGGCAGUUCUAUUCAUUUUUGUCAGAAUUUCAUUCAUGAGGUCAUGGCUGCCGCCUCUUCUGAGGGUCAAUUUGUAUUGCAAAUUCCUUCAUCUCCCAAAGUUCACAAUGGUAAUAGCAGUAGUCAUGAUAAUGAUGUUAAUUUGACUAACGGGAAUGAAACUGAGAUUAAAGGUGAUUUGGGUAAUGGAGAAGCAAAUGCUGUUGCUUGGGGGAGUAAGAUUAGGGAGGAUGGUUUCCUUCUUUUUAGAAAUCUCUGCAAAUUGUCUAUGAAAUACUCUUCUCAGGAAAACCCUGAUGACCAUAUCCUUUUGAGAGGUAAAAUAUUGUCCCUGGAGUUGCUUAAGGUCAUCAUGGACAAUGGGGGUCCCAUUUGGUGCAACAAUGAAAGGUUUCUCAAUGCUGUUAAGCAAUACCUUUGCUUGUCCUUAUUAAAGAACAGUGCUUUGUCGGUUAUGGCUAUUUUUCAGCUCCAGUGUUCUAUCUUUAUGAUCUUGCUAUCCAAAUUCAGAUCAGGAUUAAAGGCAGAAAUCGGCAUAUUCUUUCCCAUGCUCAUCCUUAGGGUGCUUGAGAAUGUUAACCAGCCUAGCUUCUUACAAAAGAUGAUUGUUCUGAAUUUUUUGGAAAAGAUUGCUCAGGAUUCACAGAUUAUAAUUGAUGUUUUUGUGAAUUAUGACUGUGACUUAGAUGCUCCCAACAUAUACGAGAGGGUUGUAAAUGGUCUUCUUAAAACUGCUCUUGGACCCCCUGCUGGUUCAAACACAACUUUGUCUGCAGCCCAAGAUAUCACGUUUCGGCAUGAAUCUGUGAAGUGUUUGGUUGGUAUCAUUAAAUCGAUGGGUUCUUGGAUGGAUCAACAGUUGCGAGUAGAGGAAGGAGAGUCCUAUGUGCCUAAGAUCUCUGAGAUAGAUGCUUCAACAGAUAAUCAUGUAAAUCCAAUUGGAGAAGAUGCUAGUAGUCCUGACGAUGAUUUACAUUCAGAAGCGAGCGCUGAAAUGUCAGAUGCUGCUAGCCUUGAACAGCGCCGGGCUUAUAAAAUUGAACUCCAGAAAGGUAUUGCUCUAUUUAAUAGGAAACCUGCCAAGGGCGUCGAGUUUUUGUUAAGCAGCAAAAAAAUUGGUGGUUCUCCAGAAGAAGUUGCCGCCUUCCUGAAAAACACCAUCGGCUUAAAUGAAACUAUGAUUGGUGACUAUUUGGGUGAAAGAGAUGAGUUUUGUUUGAGAGUUAUGCAUUCUUAUGUGGAUUCUUUCAAUUUUAAAGCAAUGGACUUUGGAGAAGCAAUAAGGUUUUUCUUACGGGGCUUCAAGUUACCUGGAGAAGCACAAAAGAUUGACCGCAUUAUGGAAAAGUUUGCAGAACGCUACUGUAAAUGCAAUCCAAAUUCAUUUACUAGCGCAGAUACAGCUUAUGUCUUAGCUUAUUCCGUAAUAAUGCUCAACACAGACGCCCAUAACAAUAUGGUUAAAGAUAAGAUGUCUAAGGCUGAUUUCAGACGAAACAAUCGUGGAAUAGAUGACGGGAAGGAUUUGUCUGAAGAGUAUCUGGGUUCCCUCUAUGAUAAUAUUGUGAAAAAUGAAAUUAAAAUGAACGCUGAUUCGUCUGUUCCCCGAAGCAAGCAAGCAAACAGCUUAAACAAACUAUUAGGUUUGGAUGGUAUACUGAACUUAGUCACGGGGAAGCAGAUUGAAGAAAAGCCAUUAGGUGCAAAUGGACUCCUCAUAAGGCGCAUCCAAGAAGAGUUUAAGGCAAAGUCAGGGAAAUCAGAAUCUGUGUAUCAUGUUGUCACUGAUGCAACAAUUUUGAGGUUCAUGAUCGAGGUCUGCUGGGGUCCUAUGCUGGCUGCAUUUAGCAUGACCCUUGAUCAGAGUGAUGACAAACUCGCUACUUCUCAGUGCUUACAGGGCUUUCGAUAUGCAGUGCAUGUUACUGCAGCAAUGGGAAUGCAGACCCAGAGAGAUGCUUUUGUAACAUCUAUAGCAAAGUUUACUUAUCUUCAUAAUGCUGCAGAUAUGAAGCAAAAAAAUGUUGAUGCUGUGAAGGCAAUAAUAUCAAUUGCAAUUGAAGAUGGUAAUAAUCUUCAGGAAGCUUGGGAGCAUAUAUUAACCUGUCUCUCCCGAAUUGAGCAUCUGCAGCUGCUGGGAGAGGGUGCACCACCUGAUGCAUCUUUUUUGACUUCAUCUAAUGUUGAAGCAGAUGAGAAAACACUGAAGGCCACAGGUUAUCCAUCUCUAAAGAAAAAAGGAACUCUCCAAAAUCCAGCCGUAAUGGCUGUUGUCAGAGGGGGUUCAUACGACAGUGCCACAGUUGGGGUGAAUUUGCCAGGACCUGUGACCCCAGAGCAGAUCAACAACUUCAUUGCCAAUUUGAAUUUGCUUGAUCAGAUAGGGAAUUUUGAGUUGAACCAUGUUUUUGCUAAUAGCCAGAGAUUGAACAGUGAAGCAAUAGUAGCUUUCGUGAAAUCUCUUUGUAAAGUUGCAAUGUCAGAGUUGCAGUCCCCAACAGACCCUCGAGUGUUUAGCCUCACAAAAAUUGUUGAAAUUGCACAUUACAAUAUGAACCGCAUUAGAUUGGUCUGGUCCCGUAUAUGGAAUGUUCUUUCAGAUUUUUUCGUGUCAGUUGGAUUGUCAGAAAAUCUCUCAGUUGCAAUUUUUGUUAUGGACUCGUUGCGGCAACUUGCUAUGAAAUUUUUAGAGCGUGAAGAGCUGGCAAAUUACAACUUUCAGAAUGAAUUUUUGAGACCAUUUGCGAUUGUCAUGCAAAAGAGCAGUUCUGCAGAAAUUAGGGAAUUAAUUGUUCGCUGCCUUUCACAGAUGGUCCUCAGCCGUGUCAACAAUGUGAAAUCUGGCUGGAAAAGCGUGUUUCUGGUAUUUACAGCUGCUGCAGCUGAUGAGCGUAAAAAUAUAGUCUUGUUGGCAUUUGAGACCAUGGAGAAAAUAGUGCGAGAGUACUUUCCUUAUAUAACCGAGACAGAGACGACAACUUUCACAGACUGUGUUAAGUGCCUAACAACCUUCACAAAUAGCAGAUUUAACAGUGAUGUAAGCCUCAAUGCCAUAGCAUUUCUCCGUUUUUGCGCUGUAAAACUUGCAGAUGGAGGUCUUGUCUGGAUUGAGAAGAGCAAGGUAGUUGAUUCAACCAUUCCACUUGUAAAUGAGAAUGCUUCAGAUGCACAAUCCUUAAGCGACAAAGAUGAUCAUGCAUCCUAUUGGAUUCCAUUACUCACAGGGUUAUCACAAUUAACAUCUGAUCCCAGAUCAGCCAUUCGAAAAAGUGCUCUGGAAGUGCUAUUUAACAUUCUCAAUGAUCAUGGCCACCUUUUCUCGCAAUCAUUCUGGAAUGACAUUUUCAAUUCUGUUGUAUUGCCAAUAUUCAGUUGUGUAUAUGACAAGAAAGAUAUUCUUAUUAAAGAUGGUCAGCGUUCAUCAACGUCUGCCUCUCCACAUGUGGAAGGAAGUGGAUGGGAUUCUGAAACAUCUGCAAUAGCAACCCAGUGUUUGGUAGAUUUAUUUGUGAAUUUUUUUGAUAUAGUAAGAUCCCAACUAUGUAGUGUAGUAUCUAUACUGACGGGAUUCAUUAGGAGUCCCAUUCAGGGUCCUACUAGUACUGGGGUUGCAGCUUUACUGCGUUUAUCAGGUGAAUUGGAUAGUAGACUUUCUGAGGAUGAAUGGAAAGAAAUCUUUUUAUCCCUGAAGGAAGCUGCUGCAUCAACGUUGCCAGGUUUUAUGAAGGUCCUUAGAAGCAUGGAUGAUACUGUUUUGCCUGACAGCUCGGAAACAUAUGCAGAUGCGGAUGUCAUUUCUGAUCAUGGUUUCACCAAUGAUGAUCUUGAGGAUGACAAUCUCCAAACUGCAGCUUAUGUGGUUUCAAGAGUAAAGAGUCACAUUUCUGUCCUGCUCCUUAUUGUACAGGUUGCAACAGAUUUAUGUAAAGCAAACCUACAAUUCCUGUCAGCAACCAAUGUUGGAAUCCUUGUUGAUAUUUUUUCAUGUAUUGCAUCUCAUGCCCACGAACUCAGCUGUGAGACGAUUGUGCAGAAGAAAUUGGAGAAAGCUUGCUCUAUGCUGGAACUCUCUGAUCCUCCUAUCGUUCAUUUUGAGAACGAGUCGUACCAUAAUUACCUAAACUUCCUUCAUGAUUUGCUUGUGAAUAAUCCAUCUAUGUCUGAGUUGAUGAAUGUAGAAUUGCAGCUCGUGGUGGUGUGUGAGAAAAUAUUGCAGAUAUACCUAAAUUGUACUGGUUCGAAACCUGAUAGCAAGCUGGUGGUACAUUGGAUCCUUCCAUUGGGUUCGGCGAAAAAGGAAGAAUUGGCAGCAAGAACUGCUUUGCUUCUAUCAGCACUGCGCAUUUUAAGUGAUCUAGAAAGGGAUUCUUUUAGAAGGUACGUUUCGCGAUUCUUUCCUUUGUUGGUUGAUCUUGUGCGGAGUGAGCAUAGCUCUGGAGAAGUUCAGCAUAUACUAAGCAACAUCUUCAAAUCAUGUAUAGGUCCAGUUCUAAUGUGAUGAAACAUUUUUUUUAGUAUUACAUAUGAGAGUAUCCUUCUCCAUUCUCAGUUUUGAUCUAAAAACACUGUUAUUAGCCUUCACACUGUAUCAUAUUUUUAGUGCUCGUUAUCUUUUUUCCAGAGAUAGCGUUGGUA